GCGGAUCAAUAAAAAAUGCUCCCUUCACACCAAUCCAAACCCUAUGUAUCCUUUUGUUACUCGCCGGAAGAGCCAGAGUAACCCUGAUUGCGGUGUUGUCAAGUUGGGGGAAGAAGAUGACUCUUGCGGCACACUGGACAAACUCCCGUUGGUUCAUGGGCUUCACACUGCUGAACCACGUCCUGUUGAUAUCAAACGAGAACUCGUGAUGCUCUCUCUUCCAGCCAUUGCUGGCCAAGCUAUAGAUCCUUUGACGCUACUCAUGGAAACUGCAUACAUCGGAAGGCUCGGAUCUGUAGAGUUGGGUUCCGCUGGCGUUUCCAUGUCCAUCUUCAAUACCAUAUCAAAGCUCUUCAACAUUCCACUCCUCAGCGUUGCCACUUCUUUUGUCGCUGAAGAUAUUGCAAAGAUUGCCGCUGAAGAUUUAGCCUCAGAAGAUAGUCAUAGUGACAUACCUUCUCAAGAUUUACCAGAAAGGAAACAGUUAUCUUCAGUGUCAACAGCGCUAGUGUUAGCCAUUGGAAUUGGCAUCUUCGAGGCACUGGCUUUGUCUUUGGCAUCUGGACCCUUUCUAAGGUUAAUGGGUGUACAAUCUAUGUCAGAAAUGUUCAUCCCUGCGCGGCAGUUUCUUGUCCUUAGGGCGCUUGGUGCUCCUGCUUAUGUGGUUUCUUUAGCUCUUCAAGGCAUUUUUCGUGGAUUCAAGGAUACAAAAACUCCAGUCUACUGUUUAGGCAUUGGUAAUUUUCUGGCUGUAUUUCUAUUCCCUCUGUUUAUAUACAAGUUCAGGAUGGGUGUAGCCGGGGCAGCAAUCUCUAGUGUCAUCUCCCAGUACACUGUUGCCAUUUUGAUGCUUAUACUCUUGAACAAAAGAGUUAUACUGCUUCCUCCAAAGAUUGGGUCACUAAAGUUCGGCGAUUACCUAAAAUCAGGGGGGUUUGUUCUUGGAAGGACUCUGUCUGUGCUCAUGACCAUGACUGUUGCCACAUCAAUGGCGGCUCGUCAGGGAGUUUUCGCAAUGGCAGCACAUCAGAUAUGCAUGCAAGUGUGGUUGGCGGUAUCUCUUCUUACUGAUGCACUAGCUUCAUCUGGACAGGCCUUGAUCGCGAGUUCUGCAUCCAAAAGAGACUUUGAAGGUGUGAAAGAGGUCACUACUUUUGUUCUGAAGAUAGGAGUGGUGACAGGGAUUGCACUUGCUGUUGUGUUGGGGAUGUCUUUCAGUUCAAUAGCUGGUUUGUUUUCCAAAGACCCUGAAGUUCUGCAGAUUGUGAGAAAGGGUGUAUUGUUUGUAGCGGCGACUCAACCAAUAACAGCGCUAGCGUUUAUCUUUGAUGGGCUGCACUAUGGGAUGUCUGACUUCCCCUACGCGGCUUGCUCGAUGAUGGUGGUGGGAGGAAUAUCAUCAGCGUUCAUGCUGUAUGCACCGGCAGGGUUGGGGCUAAGUGGAGUGUGGGUGGGGCUGAGCAUGUUCAUGGGAUUGCGGAUGGUGGCUGGAUUUAGCAGAUUAAUGUGGAGGAAGGGCCCAUGGUGGUUCAUGCAUACAAGUGACAAGCGUCUUGCUUAAAGCUGUGAAGGAGAGUGAGAGAAUUAGAGAGUGACGUGCCCAGUCGUCUUCUUUCAUCAACAUAUACACUACAUUUUACUUGUUAGCUUCGUUUGUCACUCAUUUUUCGAUCAUCAAUAUAUAAAAUAUGACGGUUUAA